GCGACUUGCGUCAAGCUGUUUAAGGACCCCAAGAUGUCCAUGCUUGCUGACCCCCGGAAGAAACAGAAGUGGUCUGUUGACCCGAGGAACAGCAACUGGAGUAAAGAUGACUCCAAAUUCGGCCAGAAGAUGAUGGAGCGAAUGGGCUGGUCCAAGGGCAAAGGUCUGGGCAGAACUGAGCAAGGCUCCACUGACAAUAUCAAAGUUAAAGUAAAAAACGACCACUAUGGUCUUGGACAAAGUGCCAGCCAUGAGGACAACUGGAUCUCACACCAAGAUGACUUCAACGAGCUUCUUGCUCAACUGAACAACUGCCAUGGACAAAACGGCAGCGCUGAACCUCCACCAACAGAAGAUCCGAAGGGCUUCAGCUUGGAAGAGAAGUCCAAGACCUCCAAAAAGAGGGUCCAUUACAUGAAGUUCACUAAAGGAAAAGAUCUGUCCUCCCGUAGUGAAACAGACAUGAACUGCAUCUUUGGGAAGAGAGGAAGUCCUGCCAAUCAACAACAGGAGAGCAACAGCAGUGAUUCUAAGGGUGAGACGGAGGAGACUUUUUCUCCAGCUGCCUUUAAACUGGAUACAGAGUCCAUCACCAAUACUGUGAAGAGUACUCUCACCAUGCAGGAGUAUUUUGCACAGCGAAUGGCUCAGUUGAAGAAUGGUUGUGGACAGGCGCAGAGUACAGCACCCUCAAUGGAGGCGCAGAGUACAGCACCCUCAAUGGAGACUGACGAAACAUCUGCUCCAUCUGAUGACCCCAUCCUCAUCAUCAGCGACGACUUGGAAGAGCCCAAGAAGAAGAAGAAGAAGAGUAAAAAGUCAGCAGAUGACCUCGAAGUGGUAGAAGAGAACAGUUCUGCCGCUCCUAUCAUCGUAAUAGAGGACAAUGAGGACAAACGGCAGGAGUGUUCUGGUCAAAAGAAGAAAAAGAGGAAAGUGGUAGAUAGCGAAGGAGCUGCAAAAGAGAACUGUGGCUCCUCCUUUGGUGUGGAGCAGGACUCUGAGGCGCUGCCUCCUUCCAAGAAGAAGAAGAAGAAGCUUAAGAAAGGCCAUGAUGAAAUGGACCCACUAAAUGGACACGGGCCAACUGAGGAUCAAACUGUAGAAUCUGAGGUUGCUCACAAAAAGAAGAAGAAACACAGAGAGGAGCUGGAUGAUGUAGCAAAAGAGGAGGAGGAGGAGGUGGUAGAAAAGAAAUCCAAAAAGGACAAGAAAAAAAAAAAGAACCACCGAGAAUAGGAUGGAAUUAAUAGAAUCGGUCCUUUAGGCUUUAGUGGGACUUGGUACUUGUCCUAUUAUAAACAUCAUGGGGACACGGGGACAGAGUAAAUGCCUUUCCUCAGCAAGUCAAAUGUCUUGUACAGAUACUGUUUUAUAACAUAUUAAAGGAAACUUGAAGUAAAACCUCA